CUGCAUCUCGAGAGGCAUUAUUUAUUCUUCCCGUCUGAAGCCACUUCAGCAAAUGAGCUUCCGCAAUAAACCCUCGUCGCUGAAGUCCCUUGGCUAUGUCUGGGUUUGAAGUAGCCGGACUCGUUCUCGGGGCCUUCCCGCUCGCCAUCACCGCUCUCGAGAAAUAUCGCGAGGUGGCAACCCGGCUGGGGCUCUUCCGUCACAUCCGACUGCAAUACAAGAAAUGCCGGGAUGACUUAGAAUUCCACCGACUAGUGUUUAAGCGGAAUCUGAGGCACUUGUUGCUGCCCUUGGUGGUGGACGAUGACAGGAUUGAGGCACUCCUAGCUGAUCCUGGCGGAGACAGCUGGAAGGAGCCUUUGGUUGCCGACCUUUUGGAGAAGCGUCUUCAAGACUCCUUCGAAUUGUACAUUGAAUACAUUGAAGGAAUGGACUGUGUUAUGAAGGAGAUACACAAGGAACUUGCGUUUGACUCCCAGUCAGUCCAAACAAAAGUCAAUACUCCGAAAAUCCCAACCAAUGCUGCCGGCCUCAAGUCUGCUCUCGGAAGAGAAGGAAGGGCGUUCCAAAUUUACAGGUUAAAAUUCAGCAACGGCGAAACAAACCGCAAGCGACUCUUCGCUGAGCUCCAAAGUUACAACGACAAGCUCGAGAAACUGUUGGAUUCCAGUGACAAGGACAUGCUCUUGGUACAGCAAAGGACCACGGCUACGCAGUGUGCUGCUAUAGAUGCAGCCAUUUGCAGCUUCUGGAUCCAAGCCAGAGACGUCUUCAAAGCGCUGGCCUCGGCGUGGAACUGUCGAUGCCAGCAACAUGGAGCGAAGCUGCUUCUCCAGCACCGGACGAGCAAAAAGCCCGAAUUUCAAGUUACGUUUACAAACUUCACUUCUUCGCAAUGGGAGAUACAGAAAACCAAGAUCGCCGAGGGCAAUGACAUUGUAUCGGCGACAAUGCAUCAGAGCACGACCCUUUUGGAGCACAUCCCGCUCCGACCACAUCCGGCGCACCGCCAUCAUCACAAAACUCCCCUUAAGUCUGCGCUACGAACAAAAGGCAAUAUAACAACUAGUACAACAACUAGUACAACCACUGUUUCGUUGUUAAAGCCUCUACCCUCGAUCACCUUUACAAGUGUGGAAACCACCCUUGUUCACAGCAUUAACCAGCCAAUAUCCAACCUCUGCACCGCCCUUGAACAGUCUGAAGGAUCAUGUUGCGGUUAUCUUUCAGACGACAACUGCCGAUACUAUGUGUAUACCGUGAGCCGCGAGAGUGUGCAAGUUAUUCCAUCCGUGACCCUUGACCAGAUUCUGGACGGUCGUGUUAUCUCUCAGCCCACGCGCACGCAGCGGUACAACGUCUCGCUGAUUCUAGCUUCAUCCUUUCUUCAGCUCCUCGAAUCUCCUUGGAUGACAACCCCUUUCAGAAAGACGGACAUUCUUUUCCUCGGCGAUCUCACCAAAUCAGGCGUUUUUGUUCUAGAUCAACCGCACAUCAAUCGAGACUUUUCAACGGGUCCCGAGGGGACGACAUCGGAAUCUGCAAAACGCGGAGACAAUGUCACUGAUUCUCUAGACCAUCUGGGAAUCCUUCUCUUGGAGCUCUGCUUUGGGAACGUUCUCGAGAAGCAAGCGUGCAGGAAGAGCUGGCCUGCUGGAGGGGAUGCGAGGGAAAAGGCCGUGUUUGAUGUCAUGGCGGCCCGUAAUUGGCAGUGUCAAGUAAACGAGGAGGCAGGGCCGGAUUAUGCCGAGGCCGUAGGGUGGUGUUUGGGAGGAAACCGGAGUUCCCAGCCUGAGAGGUGGAGGCACGACAUGCUCCAGAAGGUGAUUCAGCCUUUGCAGCGAUGCCGUGAUUACUUGGCGGGAUCGUUGGCUCAAACGGCGUCGUAGGAUGAUGGAGUCAUAACUCAAAUAACAAUCCGUAUACCCAACUUGUGUCUUUG